AUUCAACUAACACACACGUUUUCUCCCUGUCGAUCCUCAGAGUACAUGAACUGCUUGACGGUCCACAACCAAGAGGUUUUGUUGGACCUGAUCGAUCAGAGACCGUCUGACACACCCCUCAUCACUCUGUCCAAUCACCAGUCCUGCAUGGACGACCCACAUAUCUGGGGAGUACUGAAGCUCAGACAGCUGUGGGACUAUAACAAGAUGCGGUGGACUCCAGCAGCAUCAGACAUCUGUUUCACAAAAGAGCUGCACUCACGAUUCUUCAGCCGUGGAAAGUGUGUUCCCGUCUGCAGAGGCGACGGAGUUUACCAGAAAGGCAUGGAUUUUAUUGUGGAGAAACUGAACGGAGGCGAAUGGGUGCACAUUUUUCCAGAAGGCAAAGUCAACAUGACUGAAGAGUUUAUACGGUUAAAAUGGGGUGUGGGUCGGCUGAUAGCUGAAUGUUCCCUUAAUCCGAUUAUCCUGCCGCUCUGGCAUGUGGGUUUGAGUGACGUUCUGCCAAACGCGAAGCCCUACGUUCCUCGCAUCGGCAAGAGAAUCACAAUCCUGGUGGGGAAACCGUUCAGUGUGAAAGAGCUUGUUGAAUCCCUGCGAGCUGAAAACAAGAGCCAGUUGGAAAUGAGGAAAACCUUGACAGAUUUUAUUCAGGGGGAGUUUCGGAGCCUGAAAGCGCAGGCCGAGGCCCUCCACAGGCAGACACAGAGCAGAUCCUGAGUCCAGCCUCCCUGUCUGCUGCACUCCUCAGCCAAGAGGACUGAAGAGGACUGAUGAUCCUGUUUACCUGAACUGAGGGUAUUACCUUUACACCUGAAAACUCAACCACAUGCACACAACUGUUUUUUUGUAUCCACUCUGUCCCUUUUCUCUACUGGAGCACAGACACCUCCACACUGAGACAUCAUCGAGUCGCCACAAGCUUCUGAACAUUUGGGGAAACUUUUCUCAAAGGUGCUGUGGGAUCAUGAUCACUGUUGGUGACAAAAACUGAUUUACAUUCAUGCUGAUGCAACAGAAACUUUGUAAAUGUUUUAUUUAAUACAGAAAAUGCAUCGUUUGGCUGCUACGUCAGGCUCUUACGAGCAGUUUAGGAAAUAGAUUAAUAUAUGAUUGAGUUACUUGAAUUAGUAUCAGUCAAUGCUGUGUGACCUCUGAGCAGCCAGAAAGAUCGUGAAUGUCUGCUGCUUCGUUCGGAUGCAUGAAGUAUCGUCAGCGUUGCUCUCUGAACGUUUGAGCUGCUCAGCUGUGGUUCAGUUAUUAUCCCACUGUCAACCCAGCCCAGUGUCCUGAUAAUAACGGCGUACUGGAUGAUUCCACGCCGAAUCAUUUACAUUCAAUGCCAACGUGCAGUGCCAAAACAGGAAGUAGUGAGACCUCAAUGUAGCGAGGUGCAGAAGAAGAAUCAGUCUUUUUUAACCCUUAAAACCUGGAUUGACAUCAGUUUUCUUGUGCUGCAUUCAGACGCCUCUAACUAAC